GAAAAAGCAAGGCAGCGCUGCGGAGACGCAACCAAAGCGCUGAUUACCGCGGACGCAGCGUUUACGCGCAGCCGACGCAUAAAGUGGAUUUACUGAACACCUGCAUGGGGAAACUCUGAGGCUUUGUUCCGGUUUUUUUUUCCUCCCUUGUCGUCUGCCUCUGCUGGGAACCAACUGGCAACUGGAAUGGAACUGAAUCUGUCGAAGAAUGUGAUUUCUUGUGGGGACCCAGGUGGGAUGAAUUUGGACAGAAUCGCAGAGGCAGCGAGAGCAGCACCGCCGCCCCGCGACGUGGCCCCCGCGUUUCAUUUACCGAGAACUUCAAACAGCAGUCGAGAAACUUUAGAGAACUCAAGCAGCGAGUCUUCAGACACAGAGUUGGCAGAAAAGGAGAGGAGCGCUGAACACAGGAGCGAUGACGGGAACGCGGACGACCCCAAGAAGAAGAAGCAGCGGCGGCAGAGGACUCACUUCACCAGCCAGCAGUUGCAAGAGCUGGAAGCCACUUUCCAGAGGAACCGCUACCCGGACAUGAGCACCAGGGAGGAGAUUGCCGUAUGGACAAACCUGACCGAGGCCAGAGUCCGGGUGUGGUUCAAAAACCGCCGGGCCAAGUGGAGGAAGCGGGAGCGGAACCAGCAGAUGGACCUGUGCAAGAACAGCUACCUGCCGCAGUUCAGCGGCCUCAUGCAGCCUUACGACGACAUGUACCCGGCCUACACCUACAACAACUGGACCAACAAGGGCCUCACCCCGGCGCCGCUCUCCACCAAGAACUUCACCUUCUUCAACUCCAUGAGCCCCCUCACCUCGCAGUCCAUGUUCUCGGCGCCCAACUCCAUCUCCUCCAUGACCAUGGCCUCCGGGAUGGGCCACUCCGCCGUGCCGGGUAUGCCCACCCCGGGUCUAAACAACAUCAGCAACCUGAACGGGAUCGGCACGUCCAGCAUCAACUCGGCCAUGUCAUCGUCCGCGUGUCCGUACGGGCCCCCCGGCUCUCCGUACAGCGUUUACCGGGACACUUGCAACUCCAGCCUGGCCACCCUCAGACUCAAAUCCAAACAGCAUCCAACUUUUGGAUACAGCGGCCUGCAGAGCCCGGGGUCCAGCCUCAACGCCUGUCAAUACAACAGCUGACGGGCCAAAAGCGGGGCCUAAAAUUAUUUACAAAUAUAAAUAAAUAUAUAUGUGAUGAUGAACGGACACGGUGUCAGAGCUUAGAGGCUAUACCUGCGGAUGGGGGGAGGAAAAAAAAAAAUCAAAGACAACUAAACUGGAUUAGUUGCAAUCAUUUUUCAUAAAAAGAAAACAUGGAUUAUGCGGGUUAUAUGUGUUUACCAAUGAACUUGCACAGCAAUUGAAAUGUCCAGGUUUUUUUAAAUGAUGAAGACGUGUUACAUUGCUGCAUUGUACAUACAUAAAUGUAAAUAUAUACAGGCCUAACAUAUGAAACAGACGAUGGGAUUUUUUUUUCUUUUUUUUUUUUUUUUUUUUGGCGCUUGCUUGCUUUUGAAGACUGUGGCUUUAGGGGAGGUUCUCGACCAAAAUAAGGAUUUGCAAGAAAAAAAAAAUAAAAUAAAGCGUCGAGCCUUAUCAUGAGUCCAGACUCAGUGAGGGGGGGAAAAAAGAAAUCUUGCCUUGUACAUAUUUUAUACCGCUUCUGUGUGCUUUCUAUUUACCGUCUAUGCAGGAUGCCCACCGGCCCAGUUUUGACUCCGUUCAGUGACUUUUACUUUUAAAAAUGUUUUUAUUUUCCAUUUUGUUUGCUGAGAUAGAAAAACCCGCCCGCAUGUUUAACUUGAGUGCAACGUGUUUUGUACGAUAAUGUAAGACUUUGCAGAAGUUAAGUUCAUUAGCCUAAAAAAAAAAAAAAACUGUAUACAAAAAGGUGAUUCCAAGUCCUCAUGUGUUUAUGGUAACAUGUUUGUUUGAAUAAACUCCAGGAAAAGAGAGGUUUAUUUCAA